AUGUUUCAAAGCAAAGCCUACAUUGAACGGCGGAAUGGACGCUCAGGAACCGACAGAAAAGAAUAUCUGCAGAAGUUAGUGCAAGAGUACAAGACAACGGAUAAUCUGGAGGCUAAAAAGCAAAUACUGGCCAAUUUAGCCAAUUUUGCAUAUGACCCUGUCAACUAUGAGUGGCUUUGGGACCUUAAUGUGGUUAAUCUAUUUUUAACCGCGAUUACGGAUGCUGAUCCUUUGUUACGAGAAUAUGGCAUGGGAGGCUUGGCGAAUAUCUGUCUCGAUCCUCGACAUCGUGCUCACAUCACGUCUGAAUCGUACUAUAUUCGAGCCAUACAAGCAUGUAUUGAUGCGGAUCCUUCCACACAUACCGAAAAUACCAUGCUUAAUGCAAUGCUUACUUUGAUAUUUACUAUAAAUCCAGCGUGUCAAUCAGCUAUAUUAACGACGGACCUCCGGGAACAGUUGCAGCGGAUUCAUGCUGCCGACAAAAUGACACGAAAAAGCUGUAUGGCCAAAGUUUUUCUGACAGAUUACUUUCGGGAGGAGGUAUAA